AUGGAUGGAAGGAAUCUGUUGCUGUUUGUCACCGCCUUCCUUCCACUUCUGGUCUUUUCUUUGCAGAGCCCAUGGCGUCCGAAGUGCCGCCCAAUUUCUCCUGGGUCGAACCCGGCUGGCUGGCAGGACUGGCCAUGCCCCGCUUGCCCGCGCAUUACCGAUACAUGUACGAGAACGGCAUCCGGCACCUCGUCUCUCUCACCGAGCGCAGCCCCCCGCACCACGACACUUGCCCCGGCAUCCACGUCCACCGCCUGCGCAUCGCCGACUUUCACCCGCCGUCCCCGGAGCAGAUCCAGCGCUUCCUGCAGAUCGUGGAAGACGCCAAUGCCAAGGGCGAGGCUGCAGCGGUGCAUUGCAUGUUGGGAUUCGGCCGGACCGGAACCAUGCUGGCGUGUUACUUAGUCAAGACCCAGAAAAUCUCUGGCGCGGAUGCCAUCCGCGAAAUCCGGAAGUUGCGCCACGGCUCUAUUGAAACGCCCGACCAGGAGAAAGCCGUCGUCCAGUUCUACCAGCGAACCAAAUAGUCAGAGCAGUUCGAACACACGGUUCUUCAGUCUAACAGCUGAGUAACCUGUGUGCCAUGACGCCAGCGCUUCUCAGCCUUCCUAACGAUGCGACCCCUUUCAUGCAGUUCUUCAUUUUUGGGGUGAUCCCCAACCCUUGUUUCCAAUGGAAGUUUCUACUGGUUUUUACACUGAUUCCUUUUACAAUCAAAGCCGGGAAGUUAAUUUGCUUUAAAUGCACAUUUAUGGGGUUUUAAACUGUAGCCUUUUAAGCUGCUUUAACCUAUGGCAUUUGGAAUAGGACUCAUUCCCUUGUUUCGACAUUCUUUUAACUCUAUGGUGUCCUUAUAAUAAUAAUAAAAAAAGGUGGGAGAGGAA